AUGGCAAACUUCACAGAUUUGACUGGCAAGUUCCGCUCAGGAUCAAAGAAGCACCUGCAGGAUACUACAAGGCGGCCCCGAGAGUCAUAUGUGUGCACUCAGUGCAAAGACGCCAAACUGCGAUGUGACCGCAACCACCCCUGCGGCAGUUGUGUGAAAAGAGGCACCAAUACCAUCUGCAAUUACCCUCAUACGUCUGGAAAUGUGCGCAACGGCGACCCGAACCGCAACCGUCCCUCUGUGGCCGAAGACAGGCUGUUGCAUCUGGAAGCCUUGGUCAGUCGAUUGAUGGAAAACCAAGGGGCGGCACAGGUUAGCAACGACACAGCACCACCACCAACCGCAAAACCAGUGACUCCGCUUGAGGCAUCCUUCAGUGAAACGGCUGGCACUCAUCAUGAGGAGACCGCCUCUACGACAUAUGUUGGGUCGACACACUGGUCAGCCAUACUGGAGGAUAUCCAGGAAUUGAAGGCCGCGCUGGCGCGCGUAGCUCAUGGUCAACAAGCGAACGACAACGAAAAUCUACCAGAACCCUCUAGCAAUUGCCACGAGCUGAUAUUCGGAUCCCCGGGCAACUAUCCCUUAGCACAGGUCCUAUCUCAGUACCUCCCUCCGAGACAAGAGGUGGAUCGGCUGCUCGCCGUCUAUUUCCAGGGCGAGACUUUCAUUGUCCCCUUCAUUCAUGCGUAUCAUUUCCAGCGGCAGUAUCGAGCAUUCUGGUGCGAGAUGACGAGCGUCAAUCCGCUUUGGGUUUCCAUCCUAUUUUCAAUCUGCAGCAUAGCCACUUGGAUCAAAGCCACGCAAGGAGUUUCAUCAAAUGAACCAGGGACUACUGCCGGCUCCAACUUUCACACAGCGGCCGCGCAUUGCCUGGUGGCAGGAGGAUAUUACCAACCACAGCCACUGACAGUUGAGGCACUUGGGUUAUAUGCUCAAUACAAGAAUCUCCGAAGCCUCGACCCCUCGCGUGAAGCGGGAGCCAUAUUGGCGGUGGUUGUACGCAUGGCCCACGAGAUGGGCUACCACCGGGAUCCUGACUCUCUCGGCUCUUUUACAGUGUUUGAAGGGGAGAUGCGUCGACGGUUCUGGUCUACAUGUAAGCAGAUGGACCUCAUGAUCUCAUUUCAACUCGGCCUCCCAAGCACCAUCUGCCUGGAGAACUGUGACACCAAAGCACCGAGAAAUCUCAUGGAUUCAGAUUUCGAUGAAGAUACCAGGGUACUACCUCCUUCCCGACCGGAGAACGAGAUGACCCGGCUCCUCUGGUUUAUUGUCAAGGACAGGCAAAUGCACGCUUUCGGAAAGGUAUACCAGCAUGCACUUUCGUUCGAAUUGAAGACGGAAGCAGAGGUGCUCCAGCUAGACCGAGAAAUUCAACGCAUGCACGAAAUCACCCCAGAAGUUUUGAAGCCGCGGCCUCUGUCAGAGUCAAUUGCGGAAUCGCCAUUUGCCAUCAUGACAAGACUCUAUAUCGAUUUUAUUUACCUGAAGAGCCUCUUGGUUCUCCAUCGGCCCUAUAUGGCCCGCGGCAACCUGUCAAGUACACAAUCCUGCGUAAAUGCUGCAACACGACUCGUCAGCCAGUUCAUUGCCGUAUACAAGGAGAUGGAACCGGGCGGUUUACUGCAUAUGGAACGGUGGAUGUUGACAAACUUCACCAUGAACGAUUUCCUGCUUGGUGUCAUGACACUUUGCCUGAUCGUCCACAUUCGGCGCAAAAGUCUUUUCAAGGGCGUCCCUUCGCUCAUUGAUGCUGCCACUGAGGCGGAGGCGGUCGCUCUUCUCGAGCAGGCUAUUGUCAUCUGCACGGAGAAGUCCAACCUGAGCAAAGAUGCAGCUCGGGUCUCGUCUGCCCUCCGUCUCGUGCUGGAUAGCACUAAAUCUCCGAAUGUGCAUCAUGCCAACAAACAUUUCCCACUUGGUGGCAAUCGGACCAACAUAGCUCACAAGUCGCUGGAGCUCGACCCAGCCCUACUAUUGCUGCAGUCUCAGGAGAGCCAGUCUUACCUUCCGGCCGAUCAAGAACCGUCUUUUGGGUUUCUUGACCCCUUCAACUUCAUGGGCAAUGAAUUUGACAGUAUGGAAUGGAUGACACUCGACUCACAGAUCAUGGGGGAAGAUGGUCCACUGACGUCUCUGAGCGAGUUCGAAAAUCAUUGA